AUGACCACCGCCGCCCCCCUUGACCUGACAAACGAGCGCGCCGAGGAGCUCAUCCGCCUCAUGACCGAUGGCCUGGUGAACAUUGAGGACAAGACCGGCGAGUUCCUUCUGCACCUUGCCGACGGCACUGUUAUCGACACCAAGGGCUGGAAGGGAUGGGAGUGGACCCACGGCAUUGCGCUCACUGCGCUGUACCACCACCAGGCUAUUGCCCCCAAGGAGGCCGCUGCGUACUCGACCAAGACUGCUCUCGACUGGUUUGAGAUGCAGUACAAGAUCUCGAACGUCGGUGCUCCCAAGAACAUCAACACCAUGUCCCCCUUCUACUGCCUCUCGGCGCUGCUGGACGACAAGAAGGUCGACGACAAGCGCUGGCUGCAGUGGUGUGACGAGUGGGCCGAGUGGAUCAUGAACGACCUGCCCCGUACCAAGGAGCGUGGCUUCCAGCACAUGACCUACGCCAACGACCACCACGACAACCUCUGGGACGACACCCUCAAGAUGUCUGUCAUCCCCCUUGCCAAGAUUGGUGUCUUGCUGAACCGCCCCGAGUACAUCGCCGAGGCCAAGUACCAGUUCAUGCUGCAUUGCCAGUACCUGGUCGACACCUCCAGCGGUCUGUGGUACCACGGCUGGGAGUUCACCGACAAGGGCGGCGACAACUUUGCUAACGCCCUCUGGGCCCGUGGUAACUGCUGGAUCACCAUUUCCAUCCCCCUCUUCCUCGGCAUCCUGGGCGAGGAGCACCUGCCCAAGGACGACCCCCUGCGCGCUUUCCUCGUCUCGACCCUCCGCCGCCAGAUCGACACGCUCGUCAAGACCCAGGACGAGGCUACCGGCCUGUGGCACACGCUCAUCAUGGACCCCACCUCGUACGUCGAGUCGAGUGCGUCGGCCGGUUUCGCCGCGGGCAUCUACAUGGCUCUUCGCCAGGGCCUCAUCUCGGGCGACCACUACCGCGCCUGUGCCGACAAGGCCCUUGCCGGCGUCAUCAACUGCGUCGGCCCCGACGGCGAGGUCAACCAGGUGUCGUUCGGUACCGGUAUGGGGCCCAAUCUCCAGUUCUACAAGGACAUUGCCAUCACCUCGAUGCCCUACGGCCAGGCGCUUGCCAUGCUCGCCCUUGUGGAGUGGGAGCGCAUCAACGAGCAGAAGUAA